AGAUAAAACUGCAGUAAAACAGUCUAAAGUUGGUCCACGCUCCCCGACCCAAAAACAAGUUGGUACUAUCAGAUUAUCUUUGUCUAACACUGACUUAAAGUGGGACGGCAUGAGAGCAGAAGUAGUUUUGGGAAAUGUAGCUUCACACACUGAAGCGCCUUCACUACAUGUAAGUCUGUCUCCUGAUGUAGUUCUGAGUCUGAUUGUGCUUCCUGAUGUUCUCUGUGUUACAGUGAUACAGGGUCAGGAUGACUGGGGAGUGACUUACACCUCUACUCAGAUCUGUGCUGUUAAAAGAUCAACAGUGGAAAUACACUGCAGCUACACAUACCCAUCCUGGUGGAAAGACAGUUAUACUAGAGUUGAGAGAACAUUAUGGUUUACUAAAAUGAAUUAUUAUCAACCUGUAGAUCUAACAACAGACUCAGAAUAUUCAGGUCGUGUGCAGUACAGUUAUAAAAACAAGGACUGCACUCUGAGAAUCUCAGACCUGAGAGAGAGAGACUCAGCUGUGUACAAGUUCAGGUUCAUAACAAACCAACAACGUGGAAGAUAUAUCAGUUCACCUGGAGUCACUUUGUCUGUCACAGCUCUGCAGGUGCAGGUGAUCAGAGUAACAGUCUAUCAGUCUUUUACCGGGGCAGAGCUGAAGUGUCACAGCAGCUGCAGUCCAGCUGGUCAUCUCUCCUACGUCUGGUUCAAGAACAGAGAACACAUUACCUGGGUGGAGACAUCUACUUAUAGAACCUGGUUUAAUCCCACAGACGUCUUCUCCUGUGCGUUGAAAGGACAUGAGAAGUUCCCCUCUCCUUCAGUGUGUGAGUUUACUGUGUCAGGACACAAACACACUGACAUUACAAUACAAUGACAAUUUCAGACGUAAUCUCACUGGAGUCUUCUGAUUCUUAAUGUAGGUGC